AAGCCCGUACCCAGACAGGACUAGUUGGACGUACAGUACCGUACUGGGUACUACAAACUAAAUAUAGUGAGCGGGCCGGUCUGGGGAAGCGGGUAUCUCCUACUCCCGGCCAAGAGAUGAAUGUAGGUAGGUUAAAAUAAAUGAAUCUCUAGUAUGACAUCUUCCAGGGCAAUACAAGUAGCGGGAUAAAUUCUCCCCCGUCUUAUCCUCUACUCCCAUCUGGGAUUUAAGAGGUAUACGAUGCGGCAAUGACUACAUUCUCGCGUCUCAUCCGCUUUCUGGCCAAAGAUGGUCACGUUUACUACGGCGAUGCCAUUAUGCCUACUGGCGUCGGCGACUUUGGCAAAGUGACUAAGGCCUAUGUAAUUCAAGGGGAUAUCCUUGGUCAACAUCGAGUCACAGACCAAGUUGCCGAUGUGAAAAUGCUCCCCGCACCAUUGGCGAGGAAGGAUGUUGCAACGGUGCGCUGUUUGGAACUGAACUAUGAGCAGCAUGCCAAAGAAUCCAACCUCCCCACCCGCCUAUCCUGUCCUCUUUUACAAGCCAAUCACAUCUAUUACUGGUCCGCAUGAUGAUAUCCCAGUGUCUUCUGUGGCGCAAGAUGG